CUGCUGCACGCCUGCUCACUGCUCUUUCCUUCUUGCUUCCCUUGCAGAGCACUACAAGCAUCACUGGUUUCCUGAGAAACCCUUCAAAGGCUCUGGGUAUCGCUGCAUUCGGAUCAAUCACAAAAUGGACCCCAUUAUCAGCAAGGCAGCUAGCCAGAUCGGACUCAGCUUACCGCAGCUCUACCAGCUCCUGCCCAGUGAGCUCACGCUCUGGGUGGAUCCCUACGAGGUCUCAUACCGCAUCGGUGAGGACGGCUCCAUCUGUGUCUUAUAUGAAGCGACUGCAACAAAACCUGUGAGCUCCUAUGGGAUGCUUACCUGUAAGAACCAGAUGAUGUUAGGUCGCACCAGUCCUUCCAAAAACUACAUCAUGACUGUCUCCAGCUAAAUCCUCCUCUUGUCCUUAUACUGCCAAGAUACAGGCUACUGUAUACCUCACCUGAGGAUCUAUUUUUAAGAUGAAGAGCUAUUUAUAUUUUUUAAAAAAAAUCAAAGAAAAUCCAAAAUUAAAAUAUUGGGCACUGCUUUGAACAGAAGCGGUGUUCUAGGUGCCUUUUUUAAAGCUGUUGCAAGCUUAUGGGUUUUUAUUAUGAAGCCGAUAUCUACCUAAUUAGUGUUGGAUGGCAAUUUUGGGCUGGCUUGCUCACUUGGGCAGCUUGAAAUGGAUGAGGGGGAAGAGCCAGGCUGGGAAGUGUGGCUUGGUGGUGGGAGAUGUCUGUGUCACCUUCUCACCAUCCUGGUACCCAACAGUAUUGCUGUAUUGCCAAGUAUUGCAAUCCUGUUGGAGAAGGGAUGAAGAAGUUGCUGUCUGUCUUCUGCUAACAACUUCACUCCCCAGCUGGUCUGAGCUCUUUGAGGCCUGGAUAUAGUGUUUGGGGGAACCUUGCCUCAGGGCUGGGUGAU